CUUCGCGCAUUAAAGGUGUGCGCUAGGCCAACCCCAUCGACUUUCAGACCUCGGUAUCUGUGUGUUGUGCGCUUUAUGAUCAUGUCCGAAGACUCCAUUGUCGUAUUCGCAGACUCGCCUGGUCAUCUCAAUCUUGUCGGGGCCAAGAUCAUAGCUGAUCCGGCUGAUUUCGCUGGGAUUCAUCAUGCAGCCCGAGCACUGGCUGAGGACUUUGGUCGAGUUAAACGAGGUAAAGCAAGCUCAUUUGAAUUGGUACAUGAAGGUCGCCUCGACGCACCAACCGCUAUCAUAAUCGGGUGCAUAGAAUCAUGCUGGAUGAUUCGGGAGCUACAGAAGGCAGGGAAGAUUGAGACUGCUUCGAUUCGGGGCAAAUGGGAGUCGUUUAUCACUUGUGUUGUCAAUGACCCGCUUCCCGGAUGUGCUAGGGCCUUAGUUAUUGCUGGGAGUGAUAAGAGAGGAGCGAUGUUUGGAACAUACACACUCUCAAGCCAAAUUGGAGUAUCCCCAUGGUAUUGGUGGGCAGACGUCCCUGCACAGUUCCAUCCAGAGAUAUAUGCGCGCCCAGUACAGACUACCCAGGGCGAGCCGAGCAUCCAAUUCCGUGGAAUUUUCAUCAAUGACGAAGCACCGGCACUCACAGGCUGGGUACUGGAGAAAUUUGGCAAAUAUAACAGCGACUUCUACAGAAAGGUCUACGAGCUGCUCCUGCGAUUAAAGGCCAACUUCAUGUGGCCAGCAAUGUGGCCAGGGUAUCCGAACCCCGGAGCUGUAUUCUUCCUUGAUGACCCAGAGAAUCAGCGUCUAGCGGACGAAUAUGGAAUUUGCGUUUCAACUUCCCAUCACGAGCCAAUGCAGCGUGCUUCGACUGAGUGGUUCCAAAACCAUGCGGAUGGAACGUGGAACUGGCUCACCCACCGUGAUGAGAUUGUCGACUUUUUCCGUGAAGGCGUCCAGCGUGCAAAGGGUCUCGAGUCAUUUUUUACUCUUGGAAUGCGCGGUGAGUAUGAUAAGCAGAUGAUUACUGAUGACCCUGGUGCAGUCAUGCGAGAUGUCCUUCGGGAACAGCGCGCUCUUUUCGAGGAAGUGCAUGGUCGUAAAGAUGCGGUACCUCAAGUGCUGGCACUGUACAAGGAGGUGCAGGAUCUUUAUGAGGCUGGUGAAUUCACAGUUCCAGAGGAUGUUACGCUCUUGUUCGCGGAUGACAACUUUGGAUCUUUGCGUCGCUUGCCAUCAGGGGAGGAGCGGAGGAGGUCUGGAGGUGCAGGAAUAUACUACCAUUUUGAAUAUGUCGGCGCGCCCCGGAGCUACAAGUGGAUUAACUCAAACUCAUUGGGUAAAAUCUAUCACCAGCUAUCUCAAGCAUAUCAGCGACAGGCCCGGAAGAUUUGGGUUUUCAACGUUGGUGACAUCAAGCCAAUCGAGGUCCCUCUUACUUUUGCGAUGGAGAUGGCAUGGAACAUUGACUCGGUCCAUAUUAAUACCAUUCCUCAAUUUCUGGGAAGAAUCGCGACCAAAUACUUCGGCUCCGGUUUGGAUCGCAGAAUUGUCCGUAUUUGGCAUGAGUACGAUCGCCUCGUGCGCAUGCGAAAACACGAGCACAUUGAUCCGGAAAGCUUCUCUUUGCUACACUACAAUGAAGCCGACAACAUUAUUGCUCGAUGGCAAAAAUUAGAGUACCAGGCAGAGUCAGUAUACAAGAAGGUACCCGAAGAGCAGAGACCGGCAUUCUGGGAGCUAGUCGUUCACCCGGUCAAGGCUAGCUCUAUAUUCAGCCGACUCAGGGUAGUUCAAGCUCGAAACCAGCUCUAUGCGCGCCAACGGCGCAAUACAGCGAACAAACUUUUGCGUCAAGCCCUUGACCUCUUCGAUGCCGAUUUUAAUCUAUCCCAAGAGUUUCACUCACUCCUUGAUGGCAAGUGGCAUUACAUGCUGUGCCAACCCCACAUGGGAUACGGAGAUACUUGGCAUGCGCCUUCGCGCGAUGCUAUAUUUGGUCUUGCAUACGUGCAGCGACAUCAAGAUAGCAAUAGAAUCGUCGGAGAGAUGGGAGUUGCAGUGGAGGGUCAUGAAGGGGUCCGAGCUGGAAGAAUCAAUGAGGAGAGUGAACGAACCCAUCCCAGUCGACGAGACCUUGUUCCAGGACUUACACUUGGCCCUAUGAACCGUUAUGGUCCAAUUAAGAGAUGGUUUGACAUUUUUACCAGAGGUACACAAGUGAUUCAUUGGAGCGUCUCUGUCCCUCAUUCCUGGAUUCAGCUCUCGGAAACAAAAGGCACCUUACUCCCCGAUGGCGAAGAUGUGCGUGUGUGGAUAACAGUUGAAUGGGAGCGGGUACCAGUAGAUUUCGAUGAAGAGGUUUUGAUCAGUGUUGCCUCUAAGCAAGGAGGUUUUGAACAUGUUCAUCUGCCCCUCAAUUGCCAUAGAGCUCCUGAAUCGCUUCGUGGCUUCGUCGAAUCGGACGGCUGCGUAUCUAUUCCCGCUUCAGGAGUGGGAAUCAAUGCGCCAUACCAGCAUCAUCCAGAACUUGGCCGAUCAACCGAGGGAGCGGUAAGUAUUGAAGGUCUCGGCUUUGAAGACGAUGCUUCUGUGCCAUUCCUCGAGUACCCGGUGUACGUCUUCUCAAAAUCGUCACGAAUCAUGACUCUUUUCUUCAAUAUGACUCUUGAUAUCGACCCUGAUCAUCCCAUGUCCUACGACUUUGUAAUUGACAAUGAUCCCGGGCAGAGCCACCUGUUGCUGCCAAAAUCUGAAAAGAAAAGCGAUAAAAUUCCAGCUGAAGGCUGGCUGGAUGCUGUCAUGGAUUGCGUUUGGAAACGAGAUCACGAUAUCCCCGGGCUUGAUCCUGGCGCUCAUAUCAUCCGAAUCAGGUUGAAUCACCCCAAUUUGCUACUUGAGAAAAUUGUGUUAGAUCUUGGUGGAGUGAAGAAGUGCUACCUCGGACCUCCACCCAGUCUGUUUGUUACUUAG